GAUUAGGGGUUGAGUCUGCGCAGUGGGAGCGUGGAGGUGACCGUGUGGCCUGGGUGAUAGCUGCAGCUUGGUGAACAUUCGUUUUUCCUUAAAUUAUUUUGGGCCGUUUUGUGAAGCCAGAAAUGGCCGCGAAAGUUCUGGAGACCAUUGGGAAGUUUGGAAUCGGGCUGGCUAUUGCCGGAGGGAUCGUGAACUCGGCACUUUACAACGUUGAUGCUGGACACAGAGCAGUGAUAUUUGAUCGAUUUCGUGGUGUUCAAGAAAUUGUUCAUGGUGAAGGCACACAUUUCCUUAUUCCAUGGGUACAAAGGCCAAUCAUUUUUGACUGUCGAUCACAACCAAGAAAUGUUCCAGUUGUCACAGGUAGCAAAGAUUUACAGAAUGUAAAUAUCACACUGCGUAUACUCUUCAGACCAGUGACUGACCAGUUGCCCAGGAUUUACACCACCAUUGGUGAGGAUUAUGAUGAAAGAGUCCUGCCAUCCAUCACAACAGAAAUCCUGAAGUCUGUUGUUGCUCGGUUUGAUGCUGGUGAGUUGAUCACGCAGAGAGAGCUGGUCUCCAGACAGGUUAGCGAGGAUUUGACAGAGAGAGCUGCAACUUUUGGACUCAUCCUGGAUGACGUGUCACUGACUCAUUUGACCUUUGGCAAAGAGUUUACAGAGGCGGUGGAGCUGAAGCAGGUUGCACAACAGGAAGCUGAGCGAGCCAGAUUUAUUGUAGAAAAAGCUGAACAACAGAAGAAAGCAGCUGUUAUUGCUGCAGAAGGGGACUCCAAAGCUGCAGAACUCAUCGCUAAUUCCCUGGCACAAGUUGGGGAUGGUUUGAUUGAACUGAGAAAACUGGAAGCUGCUGAAGAUAUCGCUUUCCAACUCUCAAGGUCCCGCAAUGUAACCUAUUUACCAUCCGGUCAAUCAACAUUACUCCAGCUGCCCCCACAUUAACAAAGAACUUUGUCACAGUACAUUGUGUGUCCAAAAUAGCUAAAUCUUAUGUAUGUCCUAUCCCUCAAUACCAUCUUUGAUACCAAAAGUUUCAUUAGUUGACCAUUAGAAAGAAUUACAAAAGGAAAAGCUAUCAAUAUUCAAUGUUUAAUUUUUUUAAGCAUUCUUUCAUAGUGCUGUGGUUUGACUUAUUCUUUCUCUGCUGCAGGAAUUGCCAAAAUUUAAAUACAAAUAACCAGAUCCAAAAUUAUGUUAUUAGCUUGCAAAAGUAAUGUUCCAGCAAGAUGAUAUGCAAUUUGUAAUUAAAGCAUGGUGUAAAAUUGAAAUGUGGAUUAAAAUCAAUGAAAGCAUUGUAUUGAUUAUUCCUUCAAUGCAAACUAUAGAAAAUUCUGUAUUCGUUCCACUUUGAAUACUUGGUGUAGAAAAUUAUAUUUAAUGACAGUAAUAAUGGAUGCACAAGUAACUUUUUAAUUCAAUAAAUGUACUGAAGUCAUUAA